AUGGCGCGGAAGACGCAGGUACCCGCCCUGCUGGCCAUCGCCGGCCUGGGUGCGCUGAGCCUGGCCUUCACGGGCAAUGCUGCCCCGAGGUCAGCCUUGCGUCGCGGCCUCCUGUCCCGGAAUGCGGAGGAAGAGGAGAAACCCACAGGCCAUCAAGUCAAGAAUGCGGGCUCCUUCCAGACGGACCCGGAGGAGAUGGCGUUGCAGCAGAAGGUGCGGGAGCACCAGGAGAAUGCCGUCAAGUUGGACGCAGCGACGGAGGUCAGAACUUUGGUUCAGUACAACCACGGCUUCGCUGUGAUGAGCACCAACAGUGCGUCGAUGCCUGGCUUCCCUGGCGGCUCCGUCGUUGGCUUUGCCCCUGAUGAGAAGGGACGUCCUCUGUUCAGCUUCAGCUCCAUGUCGUCGCACACGCAGGACUUGAUGAAGGACAAGCGCUGCUCUUUGACGGUGGCUGCCAAAGAAUUCAAGGGCGCUGCCGAUGGGCGUGUGAACCUCAUCGGCGAGGCAGUUCCGAUUGAGUCGGAGGAAGAGAUCGCGGAGGCGAAAGCGAUGUACCUCAAGAAGCAUCCAAAGGCCUUCUGGGUCGAAUUCGGCGACUUCACUUGGUACCGCAUGGAGGUUCAGAAUGUCCGCUACGUUGGCGGCUUCGCUCGGGCAGGGGGUCUCUCUGCAGAGGCCUAUGCCGGGGCCACUCCAGAUCCCAUUGCCGGCUUCUCUGCGGGCGUCGCUGGGCACAUGAAUGACGACCAUCGCGAGGCCACGAUGGCAAUGGUGAGGAACUACAUCGGCAUCGAUGUGGAAGAUGCUGAGAUCACGGCGCUGGACAGUCUGGGUAUGUACGUCAAGGUGUCCAGAACGCCGAAGGCAGCGGACCAGAUGCAGCAGUUCAAGCUCCGCCUUCCCUUCAUCCGUAAGCUGGAGAACCGCAAGGAUGCGAAAGACGUGAUCGUCGAGAUGACGAGGGCAAGCCGGCGGUUGAUAAAUGGUUCCUACAUUAGCAUCGCAACAGUCAGUUACAAGUCAACCAGGGAAUACGGCGAGAACCAUCACACAGCACUCACUCGCUACGAUCUCAGCCACAGCGAUCGUCAACAGCAUCUUCUCAUCAUCACUAUGGCGCCGCCCCGCAAUAUCCCUAAGCCCGAAAAUCCGAAGAUGUCGGUUCAAUGCUGCUAUUUUACAGCCAUGCCGCGACUGACGGAGGAGUUGAUCCGAAAACGUGCAGAGCACAAUGAAGGCGUACUGUCGGACCUGGAAGAGAUCGCUUUGCACCAGCAGGAGAUCGAGGGCAUUGAAAGUUUGGAGGCCUGCUGCCGACACAUCAAGAUCCUCCUCCUGCAGAACAACAUCAUUCCGAAGAUGGAAGGCCUCAACAAGCUGAAAGAGCUGGAGUACUUGAAUCUUGCUCUCAACAACAUCUCGAAGAUCGAGGGCAUCGACGGCUGCGAGUCGUUGAAGAAGUUGGACCUGACGGUGAACUUCGUCACCGCGGAGGACUUGGAGGAGAGUGUGUACAACCUCAAGGCCAACAUGAUGUUAGAGGACCUCUAUCUGACGGGGAACCCAUGUGCCGAUUGGUCCGGCUGCAGGGCUUACGUCGUUGCCCACCUGCCGCAGCUGAAGCAGCUGGAUGCAAAGCUCAUCAUGCCGCGCGAGCGGAUCAAAGCCCGUCAGCAGCUACCAAAGCUCCAAAAGGAGCUCGAAGAUUUAGCGGAGGAAGCCCGUGUGAAGCGUCUCCGGGAGCUUGGCCAACCCGUCGACGAGGGGGCAUAUACGAAGGAAAGUCGCAACGAGAUGUACCUCGAGCUAGCCGAGCAGAAGGCGGAGAAGGAGCGGAACGAACGUCGGCGAAUGGGUGCCGAGCCGAAGGAACCCCGCGUGAUACCUGGUGUCUACAAUGCCCGUGGCGAGAUUCGCCAAUGCAACGAGGGCAAGUACAACUUCGAUCUGGACGACUGGACACAUCCGGACAAGAUCGUCUUCGAGCUGGCUGUCCCCAAGUACCUGGACACGUCAGCGUUGGAUGUGGACAUCAACCCCUCGUACAUCCGAGUUGUCGUCAAAGACAAGGUCACCCAGCUGAAGCUUUCUGCAGAGGUGAGACCUGAUGCUUCGAAGGUGCAGCGCUCGCGGACAACAGGCGUGCUCCAUAUCGACAUGCCUCUCCUACAGCCUCAUCAGGUGAAGAACCCAAAAGCUCCGGCACAACCGGAGCUCGAGCCGCUAAAGCCGGCGACGGAGCCAACGCCUGCAAGGGCAGGUCGAGGGGGCUACCUUGCCGGCAAGAGCUCCGAGGACGGCAAAGCGAAGACGGUCUCCAUCCAAGGCAUCUACCAAGAUCCCCGUCGGGUGGCACCAAAGAAGCCGGAAUCGCUCCUCAGGGAGGUGAAGACCACGCGCGCCGAUCAUGUGGGCGCGGGCACGGCAGAGGACGACGACGAUGACAUUCCUCCUCUGGAAGCACGUAGAUAG